AUACAUUCUUAUUUACAUAUACUUAAAUGUGUAUUUGUGUGUAUGCAUAUAUAAAUAAAACAAUUAACUUUGUAUUUUGUAUAAAUAGAACAAUAUGGUUAAAGAUAAUCUCUAUGUUUUGUCAAUCAGACGUUUAGGAUCAUUUGAAGCUCAAAGCAGCAAAGAAUUGUUUACAAAAUGGGGUCUUAUUUCUAUGUCUUAUCACGUUUUUGAUUACACAGAGUUUAUAGAGCUUUCGAAUCCCAAAGAAUUUGUACAACAUUUUUUUAAAUUUCUUAACAAAAACAAGUUGUUGAAUAAUGUUGAUCUUUUUAAUUUAAAAGAUUUUAGUGUUGUUAAGCUAAGAGCGACUGCUAUGAGUAUCUCUUUUUUUGAUCGCUUGGAAACUUCUGGUCUUGUUCAUAAAAGUGGAUGUAUUACGAAGUGUUAUGAUGAGAUGAUAAAUGAUAUACUGAUAUCAGAUGAAUUACGUAAAAUGAUUUUAUCGAAAGAAUCAGUCUACAAAAAUCUUUUCUGCAACGAUGAACGUUUAGAAUUUAUCUUCCACAUUUUUAAGUGUCUUGUUAUCGGAGGAAAUUGCUGCCAGUUUGAAGACAACGUGAAGUCAUAUAUAGGUUUAACAAAAGUUAUUUACAAGGACCUAAUGAGCGUUCAAAAAAAUCUGUCGACUCAAAUUAUAUCAAUAAAAUCCGUUACUUUCAUGAUCAUUUGGCCGACAAUGAAAGAAAAUGAAUUUUGCUACAUUAUUUUAGAUGAAGAGAAAAGGCAACUUAUUCUGUGGUACUUUUUAAACAAUUGAAUUUUAUGUAAUUAUUUUAUAUUAUUUUAUUAAAUAAAUUUUGAGUAAUCAGAGCA